AUGAAGCCUCAUACUAUCCUCGCCGCUUUGUUCAGCUUUGCAGCAAGAACUCUCGCGGCUAGUAGAACCACUCCGCCCGCCGGUGCACUUGUGGUUGGUUCUGGAAACUAUGCAACGAUUCAAGCGGCUGUAAAUGCCCUGAAGUCGACAUCUCAAGAACAAAUCAUUUUCAUCAACCCUGGCACUUACAACGAGCAAGUCACAGUUAAUAAGCUCGCCGGACCGCUUACCAUAUAUGGUUAUACUCAAAACACGGCGUUGUACUCUUCGAAUGUCGUUACAAUUACCUCGGCUCACAGUUUAGCAAAUGAGCCUAGCGAUGAUGCAACGGGCACACUAAGAGUCGAGACAACCAAUUUCAAGCUAUACAACGUGAAUGUUGUCAAUUCAUAUGGCAGUGGAUCUCAAGCUCUUGCAUUGAGCGCCAAUAAUGGGAAUCAGGGCUACUAUGCCUGUUCUUUCAAGGGCUUUCAAGAUACUGUGCUUGCAGAAACGGGCGCCCAACUCUUUUCAGCUUGCUACAUCGAAGGCGCCACCGAUUUCAUCUUUGGUCAAUCGGCCACUGCCUGGUUUGAGAAGUGCUCGAUUGGAGUACUUCCUGCAUCUAUUGGAUAUGUCACUGCAUCUGGGCGUUCAUCCAACACGUCUAGUUAUUAUGUGUUCAAUCAAGCCACCAUCGCAGCCGCUCCUGGUAAGACCGUCACAAGCGGAGCAUAUUAUUUAGGGAGACCGUGGGGAGAUUAUGCAAGAGUCGCUUUCCAGUCUUCUUCAUUGAGCAGUGUUAUCAAUUCCGCCGGAUGGCAUAUUUGGAACACUGGAGACGAGCGGACAGAUCAUGUCUCUCUGGGGGAAUACGGGAACUCGGGAGCUGGAGCAUCAGGCACUAGGGCGUCAUUUGCUUCGAAACUGAGCAGCCCAUUGGCCAUUGGAAGCAUAUUAGGUGGUAGUUAUGCUUCACAGUACUACGUAGAUACGUCGUACCUGUGA